AAAACACACAUCAACAUGCAAGUACCUCCAGAAAUCAAAGUGAAGGAAGUGAAACCCAACCCAAGGCGCCCACCUUACAGUGACACCUGCUGCUUCACGUUUUCUGGGAGAAUGUUGUCCAAAAAGCAGAUCCGUAAAUACUUUUUCACCAGCCCUUCCUGCUCAAAGACUGCAGUCUUAUUUGUCACGGUGACAGGUAGCCACAUCUGUGUGAAUCCAAGGCUAUUAUGGGUCCAAAAGAUCAUAGAGAAUCUAGACAAAGAUAAAUUUUAAAGGUCACAACACUGCUUGCAUUUGUUUUUCUACUUACAGUUGAGAUAAUGACUAUUCUUUGUGCUACAAAUUGUGUUUGCUCACUAAUAAAAAUGCUUAUUUUAUUGCUUUUA